UGGUCCUUGAUACACAUUUGUGCUCAGGUACCAUUUAAUAUUACAUGCAGACUGAAACCCUCACAUGGCUAACCAUCUCUCCUUCCCCCUCCUCCUCUUUAUCUUCUUCCACAGAGUCUCAGCAGCGAGGCAUGUGUCUGUGCAGUCAGGAGGCUCCAUCACCAUCCCAUGUAGCUAUGAUCAGUAUUACAUACACCACGUGAAGUACUGGUGUAAAGGGUAUGGUUGGACUCAUUGCUUCUCUGUAGUACGCACUGACCAUCCUAAGAGCACUGAUAGGGCGUCAAUCUCUGAUGACAUCACCCAGAAAGUCUUCACUGUGAUCAUGACUGAUCUGGAGCCAGACGACUCUAAUAUUUACAGGUGUGUUGUGGAGAUCAAUGGAGGAACAGAUAGCAUGAUACAACUGCUCUACCUGUCUGUCACUCCAGCAACCCAAGAUCCAACCCCUCAACAACCCUCUGCCUCUCCAACUGCUGAGCCUGUUCAGACUGACAACACAAGUCAAGGAGCUGAGGGGAACAUGGAGGAAGUCCACCAGAGGUCCGUGAAAGUCCUACUCAUCUCUCUGGGCAUGUUGGUGGUGGUGACAGCUGGUAUCCUAGUAACAUGGAAGAUGUGGAGAAGGCACAAGGACAAUAAGGCCAAGGACCAGACAACUAACAACUCAGUGUCUGCUGACCCUGAGCAGGACAUUACAUACAGCACAGUGACCCACACCAGAGAAACAGCACCGCAGGAUCCAUUUCCUGAAGCUGAUGAUGAUGUCACAUACAGCACUGUCAUCCUCCAGCACAAGACCCAACUAAAAGGACAGACCAAGUCAGCAGAACCAGAUGAUAAUGUGGUCUACAGCUCACUAGCUCUACAGGUGACCACACAGCAGAGGGCAGCAGCAGCACAAUAGUGACUGACAAAGAAGACCUUCCUUUUACUGGAAGGACAGAACACUCCCCUCUCCUGUGUCACAACAUCUAUCUGCCUCCAAUAUGAUUCUGUCAUACCUCUUAACCCACCCCAGGAAUACACCUCUAUCCUUUAGUGUAAUAAACUACUGAAGGCAGUCUGCUGUGUUUGUUCUGAUUAUCAUCACAUUUCUGUUAUUAGUCAUGUUCCACCACCUUUCCCCUUGUCUCUUAUUUCUUACAUCAUGAUCUCAUUGAUCUAGUUUAAUGUCCUAUGCCUGUAACUAAUCAUGAUCAAACGUGUAUUAAGAUCAUAGUAUAGACAGCUACUAUGUAUAAUAACUACUGUACUUCAAUAAUAAAAUGUACUAUAUAUAUUAAACAAUGGAAAUUUAUUUUUUUAAAUGCAAUUGUUACAUCUAUUUAUGGCAACUAUUUAUAGGA